CAUUUCGCUCUCGGGCGAAAAGCUUUGCGAUGGAAAACCAGCGGACUCUGUCCGAUUUGCCGUUCGACGUCCUCGAUCUGAUAUUCGAGGAGCUAGAGAGCAUUGUCGAUAAAGUGCAGCUGGCGCAGGUUGAUGAAAAGCUGGGAGCAGCGUUUGGCUACCACAGUCGCAGUGCCUACAAGAAGCUCAGCCCCUACUACCGCCUAACUCCCGAAAUGUUGGUGGUUCUUGUGCGUCUAUGUGGAUCGACUAUUGAGGAGUUUACAUGCCGAAGAAUGUGGAACGGGCCAUGGAGUGAUAUCGUGGCUAAGUCGGUUGUGCAGCAUUGUCCCAAUUUGAAGUCGGUGAGAAUUGAUGUUGACGAUGACAAUUGUGACAGCGUGCAGUCCUUCCUGAAGAAAAUGAGUAAACUAUUGGUAUCAGCUGAACUGAAUUUACUCACAAGCAACCCAAAAAAGAUUUUUGAUUCGAUCACAGAAAUGACUCAUAUGACGAAAUUAAAAUGCAGAGGAAAUAUUACUGAAGAUGUUUACCAGGUACAGAACUUAUUAGCUUUGGAGGAUUUUGAGAUCGAAUAUAAUAAGCACUUCAAUACCUACUCCCCUUUAAAUGUUCUCGAGAUUUGUGCACCACUGACGAGUCUCCGCUUCUUGACAGUAACCAACAUAACUAUAAUGCCCUCAGAGCAGCCGCAUUCGAUGAUUUGGCCGGAGCUGGAGGUUCUUAAACUUAACAACUGCGAAAUUUUCACGGAAUUGCCCGAGUGUCCGAAGCUAAAAACUUUAGACAUGAUAAACUGCAACUGCCACAUUGAAGGCCUUCUGUUUGGGUUUAUUCUGCAGAACGGCGUGAAUAUUGAAAAGAUGAAUGAAAAUUGCAGUCCGCCUCCCUUCGAUGGAGACAACUUUCUCCAAGUACUUCGAUCAUGCCCAAAGUUACGUAAAUUUUAUACACCAAUGAAGGAUAUUAAAAUUUACCAAGACUUUGUGUCGUCCAUUGUUGAAACUCUUAAGGAGAACGGCGUCAAGCAAGAGGAACCUUUUAAACUUAUUAUUUAUUCUCGUGCCAAGUUGAAAUGGAUUCGCCGAUUAAUUCCACGCACCUCUAGUCCCGAUUUGAUAGCUCUAGAUUAUCUGUAUGAUUUUUUCUACUGAACUUCGGUUUCCGUGGCCAUAUGUUGUUAAUAAGUCUGUCAAAAUUAUCAACACUGAGCUAAAGCUAAUGUUGGGAUAUUAAAAAAAUAUAUAUUUAUUUCUCGAGAAGCUCU